AUGGAGCCAUACUAUAAAGAAGUGUAUGAUUACGUGCCGAGCACAACCCCAAGCGCACCAACAGAAACCCAAACAACACCAUCAGCACCCAACAUGUCCGAUCCUAUCACUACGUCCACAUAUACGCUGUCUGAAAAACCUACAACCAACGAUGGCCCCUCAUCUGAUAUGCCCACAUAUGAUAGUCAGCCCAACCCACAAAUAUCCAUUCCGUCCUCAACACCAACCUUCACUCCACUAGAUGGUUCAAAUACACAAUCACACAACUGGUCUCCCAUGUACCCACAUACAAAUAGUUAUAAUGGGCAAAUGAACUACGGUUACCCAACACACAUGUCCCCCCCCAAUGGCAUUUCCUCUCCCUUUUCCCCGAGUUACUCAUAUGGAAAUAUGCCUAAUCAGAUGAGGAAUCAAAUGUACAACCCACAAGGACCACAACUAAUGGGAAGGAGCAGAGGCUCAUAUAAUAUGCUACCAAACAACAAUAGCACUAGCAGCGGAAGUAAUUUCUUGUCCUCCAUCAUGUCUUCACUCAUGUAUCUAUUCUCUUCAACUUCUGUCCUCCUAAGCAAUAUUACACGCCCAUCAACAAAUGUACCCAGCCUACAAUUUAACCCCACACCUGCCAUCGAGUACCACCCAAGGUAUUUAGGAAGAACAGAAGAGUGGAAAGACAAUGAAUGGAAAAACUGGAUGCAUAAAUUGGAAGGAGAGUGGAUAGAUUUCAACAACACAAUUGAAAGAGAAAAGGGAAAAUGGAUUAAUGCAAAGGAAAAGGACUGGGAGGAAUUUAUACAAUUCAUGGACAAUAAAUGGAUGCACUACAAUGUAGACCUAGAAAGAGAUGUCAAAUCAGACAUACUGAAAAAAUCGCUAACCCUAGAUGAAGAAGAAUGGAAAGAAUGGAUCAAAACUGAAGGAAAAGAUUUAAUGGAGAGAGAUUUAAGAAACUGGAUUACAAAUAAUGAAUCCUAUUUAGAUGUAUGGAGUGUUAAAGAAUGGCUCAAAUGGAAAAACCAAAAAAUUGUGACAUGGAUUAUGACCGACUGGAAAUGUGAAGAAGACGAAUACUGGUCCAAGUGGGAAGAGUCCUGGGCCAAAAAUCCUAACGUGCAAGACAGAACCAGCUGGCUCAAUUGGAGAGAAAGAUUGAACAAAGAAAUGGUCCAGUGGAACAGUUGGGUAAUGAUGAAGGAACAACAUAUAAGAGAAAACAGAUCUAACAUCUGGUCAAAGUGGAAGAGCGACAAACAUGUGUUGUUCAAUUUGUGGAUGGACUCUUUUAUAAACAGAUGGAUUCAUGAAAAGCAGUGGUUCGUUUGGGUCAGAGAGAGAAACCACCUCAGAUCAAGGGACAGAUACUUGCGCUACAAAUGA